AUGGCUUUACUUCGACGGUUGCUCCCUGUCAACCCUUGGAAAGCGCUGGCAAUUAUCUUGGCCGUUCUGAAUCUAAAGUCGCUCCCCUUGGUCUGGCACUUACGCCUCCUUCGUAGCCUCUUUGCUCAUAUACGAAUCUCUCGUACCCGCUUAAAGACCCUCCCUGGCCCCUCUACCCUCUUCCAACCCCUCAUUACAUCCUCACGAUCCAGCCCAUACGAAUGCGAUUAUAAUCUUCAUAAGAGCAACAGCACAUACUUCUCUGACUUCGACCUUGGACGUCUCGGUCUCCUAGUUUCGCUGUGUGGGAAAGGUAUUGACAUCACGCGCACUCAAUUGCGGGAAGAGAUGCCAAAUGAUACAAGUGGGUUUAUGACAGCUUUGGGCGGUGUCGCCGUCAAUUUUAGAAGAGAAAUCAAACCUUUUGAGAAAUUUGAAGUUUGGACUCGAAUCUUGACCUGGGAUCGCAAAUGGAUAUAUGUGAUUGGACACUUUGUCAAGCCUGGGUCCGUGAAGCCAAGGCGGUACGUUUUGCAGCCGUGGAAGAACAGCAAGAGUGAGCCCGAAGAUCACGAAGUAGCUGGUGCCGACAAGAAGGUGAACGUUAACUCAAAGCCGUUGAUAUUCGCGACAGCUAUAUCCAAGUACGUCUGGAAGAAGGGCAGGCUCACGAUACCACCAGAGAGGAUCUUACGGGCGUCUCAAUUGCUGCCUCCAAAAGCAGAAGAUCAUGAAACGCCCCCAACCAGCUCCACACCACAGCCUGAGGGCAAUUCAGUUGAUGCAGCGAAUUCCACUUCUAUAUCGCUUGCCGAAAAAGUGACGCCUGACAAUGCUAGCGAGGUACUUGCAGCCUCCCUGGCCCCGAAGCCUGAUUCUAGUACAUGGAGCUGGCAAAGAAUCGAAGAUGAGAGACUGAGAGGCAUGAAGAUUGCCGAGAUGUAUGGUGGUCUUGAACAGCUGAAUGGGGAAUUCAAAGGUGAAGACGGCAUCGCCUUGGCCAGAUCUUGA